CGAAACAAGAACGAGGGAAAGCUGGCCUCCUUACCAGACCUCCCAAUCGAUAUACUGUAUGAGAUCCUUAGGCGCCUGGACCCUCGCGAUCUCCUUCAUCUCUCGCGUCUGAGCAAGCGUCUUCAUACGGGCAUUAUGAGUCGUACUUUUGCCUAUGUUUGGCGAGCCAGCAUCGCCGGUGUGAAGGGCCCGAGCCUCCCUCCCAAGCCCGAUGACAUGAAUGAGCCACAAUAUGUUGAUCUACUCUGGGGUAAAGGAUGCCAUUACUGUGGUUCUAUGACCCGCAUCACGACAUCCUGGUACGCGCGACGGCGAUACUGUAAGGAAUGCUUGCCAGUGCAAUUCAAGCAUUACGAAGAUCUUUCGGGCACCAUCAUCAGUCUUGUGAAAGAUGGAUAUGAGUUGAGCAGGUUCAUCCCGCACAUCUAUGCCGAUGUUUCCGAUAGGCAUUGGCGGUUCCCCGUAGACUUUCUGCGGCGCUACUCGAAGGAGUUUCGAGAGCGGAAGAUAUCAAUUCAGGACAAAGAUGCGGUGGCCGAGUGGGUGUGCGAGAAGACCUUGCAUUGCAAGGAACUGCAAAGGCACUCAAGAGAAUUUGCGAAGUGGGAGCAGCAGUGCCAAGACGAUAGGAAGGCAGAGCUUGAGCGAAAACGUGACCUAAGGGAACAGGCUAUCAUCAAGCGCUUGACAGACAUGGGAUGGGGCGACGAAAUAGCACAGCUUCCAGACGGCGCGCUCGGCGCGCAGAAGUCAGUCAGAACGGUUCAGCCCUUGACUGAGAAAGCAUGGCAAGCCCUAUCAAGAAAUCUCGUCCAGUUCUUGAAAGAUCAGCGUGUUGAACGCUUUCGCCUCCAGGAAGAACGAGCGCUGGAGAGCCGCCACGAGCUUCUCCUCGAGGUCUACCCUGAAUUUCGUCUCACGAAGCCCUUUGGCGCCAUCCUUCCUGGGCCUUGCGACAUAGCCAAGUCCGACCUCUUCCUGGACGCAGUUAAAGCCGUCCCUUUCGACCAGGACAUGCCCCGCCAGGCCAUUCUCGACGUCCUCAAGUCCCUUCCACAGUCCUACUUCGACGACUGGCGCACCCAACGCGAGCAGGAGCUCAUCGCCUUCAUCCAGAAACGCAUAGACGAGCCGAUCAGCCUGCCCGUGCCCGCCCGCACGGUCGCGGAAGCCAUCGGCACACGCACCGUGACCCGCGACAUCCUCUCUCUCGCGACCGUCAAUUUUUGGUACGGCAUGGACGGCCGCGGGAUAACGUGCCCCUCCGUGCUCAUGUGGCCGCGGUUCGGCGUCCACCAUUAUGACGACUCGUGGUAUUCCUGGAGCACGGAGCGGAUUCACUUCGCGAAUGUGGGCCAGCUUAUGGCGCUGCGCAUGGUCGAGCUGCUGGGCAAGGACCCGCACAAGACGACGGCAGAGGAGAUGGAUAGGCUGGAUCCCUGGUAUUAUAUCGACAAACCCGGGAGCAUCAAGGAUGGCAUGCACAUCGUGUACUCCUGGCGCUGCGUGUUUCAUAACUUCACAGACGGCGCGGACAGGUACCUCAAGCUUCUGGGCGAAGACGACACCAAAGUCGCACGCACGCAGUUCGCCGACCGAGACUGCACUCGGCUAAGGUUCAAGAACAAGGACUCGCUAUGCGCGCACUGCGAUGCGCGCUUCUCUGCUUCUCCUGAGCUAUGGAGUCACCUAUUUACCGCCCAUGACAUUGACUCUCCGAGAUGGAGGGAUUUCACUCCCGGCGUCGACGUCCACUAUACGCACUUCAAGCACGCAAGGCUACCGGCGCCGAAGUCUUCGCUCCCCUUCGCACCUAGGGUCCCGCGGCUUGCCAAAGGCGCUCGCAUCAAGCUUAUACAGGGAGAUGCGCCAUGGAUAUGAGGCAGCACAUAUGUAGUGUGUAAACCAUCUUGCCAUAGACGCAAGUAUACCUGUUGUAAGUGAUGGAUGUUAUCACCAGUCGCAUCCGACGCGUGCUCAAGUUGAUUACGAGCCAAGACUCUACACCAUCUACCAGUAUGUAUGUAAACGUACGUCCUGAAGAUACAAUAAACCUAUCAUGUAGACCCCCGCAAUAGAUAAUGUAAAAGAUCGUAACGAAA